GCGCAGCCUUCCUUAGCUCUUUCAGUGCUGCAGCCAACGCGCAUAUAAUAACGCGGGUCCCGACCCCUCCCUAAAUGCAUGCCCCCCUGGACCAUCUUGACGAAAAUUAAUUCUUGCCAAAAAUCCAGCCAGAAAUUCCCACUGCGGCGUCAUUGUGCAGCAGCCAACGGAAAAAAUAACAGUUGCCCCUCUGCCGAGCGCAUGUUGUUUACACCGGAAUCUACCUGGAUUCUACAUACAAUUUUUGUUUUUUUAUAUUUCAGAGUAUCGCAGCAACGACGCGAUAUUUCUAAUAUUUCCUCUACUUUUUAACCGCCUGUCGCUGUUGUUGCGCGUUCCUGUUCGCAAACCGCAACCCCUCCAUCAUCAUUCACCAGCGCCAUCCACACCAUCGCGACCACCAACACCACGUUGGCGCAUACAAGACGCAGAAGCAGCUGCCGCUAGCUACCAUCACGGCACGCUCUUGAUACAAUAAACCACCGCCGCCUUUCAACAUAUCCAUGCAUCUUCUAGCUUCCAGCCCAGCACACAGCUCAGCAUUCCGCCCAUCUUGAAGAGCAACAACACAACAAUAUCAACAUCACCCAUUUAAACGACUACUGGAUUACUAGACAGCACAGUGUCUAAGCCUUUUCUCGUUCCGACAAAUAACCUCGCUUAUUGUUGCUCUGCCGCCGCAAACACCAACGCCCGGCAUUCCACAGCACAAUUGCGCGUGCCCAUUUUCGGCCCCCAGCGUCUAAGACAUUAGGCCCUCUUCCGCUGCGUGCAGCACCCGGCACCGCAGCCACUACCACGCCUACGGCUAGCUCCCGCGCCCUAAAAGCUAGCUUAGUUGGCCAAGCUUGCUCAUAGCGAAGCAAACAUCCCUGCCACUACUACACGCUGCUGCUGUAAAUAAUCUAACUGGUUACGCAGCAAGCAGCACUGUAGAGAAAAAAAAGGCAACCAAAAAAGAGAAAUACUAUCAUUUUUUAUUAUUUCUUCCAAUCCUCGGCAUAGCCUUAGACGCGGGUUCCAAGGAAACCACGCGCGCUGACUAACACGACUCUACUGUACGGUGUAAAAAACGAGGUCCACCGCCUUGCCUUUGCCCAAAAUGUCGGCCGAAGACACCUCAUACGCUCCAAAGUCUCCCGACCUCUCCUCCUUUUACCCUGCCGAAGACGCAAACCCUCCCCCCGCGUCUCCUUACGACCCCCCCAGCUUCAACUCCAAUCAGUUUGGCGCGCUGCCGCCUGCUAAUAAUUAUACAUCGGCAUACGUGCCUCCCGGCGGCAUCCAGAGCUACAACCCUCCCGGCGGUGCUUACCAGCUGCCUGGCGACAUUACGGCUGACGACAUCAAAGAACCCGUGGCGUUUGGAGACGCGUACCCGCCCGGCAUCAUGGACAACGAGUACCGACCUGAAGAUGAGGAAUAUAAACCUGAGGAUGAUCAAGUGAAGCAGGAAGAAGCAGAGCCCGCUCCGCCACCAAAGAAGAGAAGAGGCAGAAUCCCCAAGCCUAAGCCUCCCGUGCCGCCUCCCCCUGUCAUCGAACCCUCACCCGUCAAGACCAAGUUCCCUACAGCUAGAAUCAAGCGUAUCAUGCAGGCAGACGAGGAAGUGGGCAAAGUGGCCCAGCAAACGCCGAUUGCUGUCGGCAAGGCCCUCGAGUUGUUCAUGAUUCAGCUUGUCGAGAAGAGCGCCGCUGUCGCCAAGGAAAGGGGCUCGAGGAGAGUCACGGCACACAUGCUCAAGAGUGUUGUCGAGACGGAUGAACACUGGGAUUUCCUGCACGAUAUUGUCAGCCGUCUGGAGCCGGAAAAGGCAGGCAAGUCGAGACCCAAGACGGAGAGCGACUCGGAUGAGGAUAGCAGCGAGUCUAAGAAGAAGAAGAUUGUACGCAGGAAAAAGUACCCUGGUGAGGAGGAGAUGACAUAGAAGGUGAAUCGUAUUGCGGCCGGCGUUGGCAUUUACUUGCACUUUAUAUGGCGUUUUUUUGUAUCUUAUGACGGGUGGUGAGAAACGGACACGACGUGAAAGAAGAGGAGGAGGAGACGAUACGGGAAUUGGAAACCGGACGUUUAUUUUUUUUAUGGAACGCUCUGACGUGACGAGUAUAGAGAUGACCUAGCCUUGUUAUUUAUUCUUUAUAUUUAUUAUCAUUUACUUUUGCUUCGCCUCUA